AUGAGUAAAAAUAACCUGAAUCUCAUACAACUUUUCCAAACACGCUUUCUUCCGAAUCUUGACUCCAUGCAAACCUCACAUUCAAUAAUACAAUUAUCAUUCCCAACCAUUACAUUUGAAAUAGAAGAGACAAAAGAGACAAGCAUAAACAACAUAAUUCCAGAAAUCAAACAACAAGAACGAAAUUUCUAUGCAUUAACACAGCAAAACAUCAAAAUCAUCAAUAUCGCCGCUGCGUUCACGCACGAUCUUUUAAUCUACAUUAACGAAAUGAUUCAACGAAAUCUCGAGUAUGAAGAGUUUCUUGCCGUGUUGGAGGAAGUUGCGAGACGUGCGACUGAUAUUCUCGAAGAAUGCGAACGUAUCAAAAAAGAAUACGAACAGAUGUUUGUAUUAUUGAGUGUGAUAUCAAAGACUUUGAGUUCGCAAAAUGAGGAAUUACGAAAGAAGAAAAAGAAUAUCGAGAAUGAAAUACAGAAAUUGAAGGAAGAAUCUGAAAGCGAGUUUAUGUUACGAACGGGAGGAUUGAUGCUUACAGGAAUCUUCGUGUUCCAAACUCCUCGUAUCACUGGUGCACUGUUAAGUAUCGCAAUGACGAUACCGUUACUCUAUUCUUUGAGAACAUCCGAAGCGGUAAAAGAAAAAAUACUUAAUGCAUAUAGAAUUCUUAGUUUUUUACUCGUUAAAGAACAGAAAUUAGUUUCGACCCAAAGGACAAUUGAAGAUAUCAACCAUCAUUUGCAAAUAAUUAUUCAAGUGCUUAAAGAGGUCGAGGAAUUUUGGAGCUUUUUAUUGAAUGAGACCUAUUUUGCGGAAGGAAAGAAUAAACACAAGGAAGAAGAGUUAUAUAACAAUAAUAGUAGUGAUAUCAAAAAUACAAUACAAAAAUUGCCCAGGGUUAUUGGAAAAGCGCGCGUUGAGAAUAAAAGAGGUGAGCGAGGUAUUGGUUCAACAAAUGAAAUAAAAAACUUGAAGAUGGAUUUCUCGAAUGCUACUGAGGCAGAAUUCUUCCCAGGGGACUUGAAUAUUCGAUAUGGAAGUCCGUGGGCUGGUGCGGGUUGGCGGUCGAAUUUUGAUUCGGAUGAUGAACAGUUGCAAAGAUUCGAAGCGUGUAGUUAUAAGACUUUAUGGAAGUUAGCUCAUCUCGCGCCUGAUGCCGGAAUUAAACUUGUGAAAAUUUAUGAUUAUGUCGACGUUAAACCAAAACUGAGAAGAGAUCAACCUUGGUUCAAGAAGCUAGUGCCUGACUUCAGAGUAAUCAGUAAAUCGAAGUUACCAGCCACAAGUGAAUUCGGUGUUUCUUACAUGACUGUGUCAUUGAAUGUGCCAAAAUAUUUACGCUGGUUACUAAAUCAAUUCAAAAACUCUGGUGGCCAAACAAUCAAUAAACGGCUAGCGCAUAUUAAAGAAGCAUUUGGUCCAGACGUCGACGUUGUCGUCAACUGUUCUGGAGUUAGCGCUCGGACUUUGGGUGGAGUUGAAGAUGAAGCAGUUUAUCCGACUCGAGGACAAACAGUGGUUGUUUGGGCGCCUCACGUGAAAUCUUUCCUGACUCGUCGAUCGAUUGCGGCUGGUAAUCAUGACGUUACAUAUCUGAUCCCGAGAGAUGACGGACAAGUUAUUCUCGGAGGCACUUUCCAGCCCAACGAUUACAAUUCAGAACCCGAUGAAAAAAUGGCUAGAGAACUAAUACAAAAAUGUGAAAAACUUUGUCCGGAGCUUACUCACGGAAAAGGUAUUCAAAGUCUUGAAAUCACAUCGCAUAAUGUUGGAUUGAGACCUUCGAGAACAGGUGGAAUACGAAUCGAAACGGAAUAUAGGAAGAGGGAUGACGGUUCAGAAAUUCUUGUAUGCCACAACUAUGGUCAUCAUUCAUACGGGUACACUUCAAGUUGGGGAGUAAGCUGUGAAGCAUUCAAUCUUAUCGAAGCAGCAUUCGCCAAACGACAAGAAUUCGAAAUGGCAUUCGCUAAUCAAGAUGACAAUAAAAAGAAUAAUGAUAUUAAUCAAAUGGUCGAAGUGCCCCAGUCAAAGUUGUAA